AAAAAUAUUAAAAGCAAUAGAUGAUUCAUUAUAUUUGCCUUACGUUAUAAAUAUAAUGCGUUGGUCUACCACACCGAAUAGUUACUUUUCACCUACUAUACCUGAAAACGACUUCUCGAAGUAUUUAACAUCGAAUAACAGCCGGCUCGGUUACGGUACCUAUAACGCAAGUCGCGCCAAAUGUAUCAAUGUGCUACUCAUCGGGCGAUCUCAAGUCGGAAAAAGUACCAUCGUCGAAGUACUCCUAAAUCCCCAGAAAGGCACAUAUAGCAAUGGUUUCUCAAUUACCAAGGUUCCACAUAUGCAGUCGCUCAUUGUGACGGAUGAACAAACUGACUACUCGUACCAGAUUAACAUCGUGGACACACCUGGAUUUGGUCAGGUACGGGAAAAUAAUGAAAAUCCAACGGACGACGAUGUGUUAAAAUGCGUGUCAAGGUGCAUUGAGCAUAACAUCAACUGGUUGAACGUAGUGUGUUUCGUGACAAAGGCCAAAGAGACCAAUCGCUUGGACGUUCCGGUUUUCAAAAAGCUAUGGCCAUAUCUGGGCCCGUCAUACGCCGACACCUCCAUGAUGGUGGUCACACAUUGCGAAGGAUAUACCGCGGAUGAGCGAGUUGAGAUAAUCGAGAAUAUACGCACUCACACUAUAACCAAGGAAUACUACGACUAUUGUAAACUUGGAACAUAUUGUUUCGGGGCCAUUGAUGUUAAUAAGGUGAAUGAAUUUAAAGAGAAGUUGAGACCUAUGAUUGUUGAGGACAAGUUAGUGGAAAUUGAGACGAUGCGCGAUACUUUUAUCACCAAAAUCAUUGAAGGUGCAAAUACGAAAAAGACAAUUAAUGAGCUUAAACAGAUUCAUGAUGAAAUGAAAUGUUAA